CCACACCGCGCCACGCCGCCGCCCGCGCCGCAGGGUCGUGAUCGCCAUUCCCCCGCUUUAAAAAAAAAUAAAGAAAUAAAGAAGAAAAGGAAGAAAAAGCUGAUCAUAAUUUAAUUAAAGUCAAUCUCUCUAAAGCCUGUUGGAUUGCGGGGAUCGUUAGAGACUCUGUCGCUGUUAUUUUCGUCCCGUCUUUUUACGAUCUUGGUGUGACCGAGACAGCCUGCGGGAGACGCUGCCGUGUGGUGGGCCAGCCCGGAGGGAGAGCGCCGAGGCUUGCAGCCUCGAGGGCCAGUGCGCCGCCAAGGACAAAAGGAACCCCACGCCGGACGCACACUUCCGAUCAGCAUGAAGAAGACCGAAAUGGGAAGGUUCAACAUCUCCCCGGAUGAGGACAGCAGCAGCUACAGCUCCAACAGUGACUUCAACUACUCCUACCCCACCAAGCAGGCUCCUCUGAAAAGCCAUUACGUGGAUGUGGAUCCUGAAAACCAGAAUUUUUUACUUGAAUCCAAUUUGGGGAAGAAGAAGUAUGAAACUGACUUUCAUCCAGGUACUACUUCCUUUGGAAUGUCAGUAUUUAAUCUGAGCAAUGCGAUUGUGGGCAGUGGAAUCCUUGGGCUUUCUUAUGCCAUGGCUAAUACUGGAAUUGCUCUUUUUAUAAUUCUCUUGACAUUUGUGUCGAUAUUUUCCUUGUACUCUGUUCAUCUCCUCUUGAAGACUGCCAAUGAAGGAGGGUCUUUAUUAUAUGAACAGUUGGGGCAUAAGGCGUUUGGACUGGCUGGGAAGCUCGCAGCCUCCGGCUCGAUCACAAUGCAGAACAUUGGAGCUAUGUCAAGCUACCUCUUCAUAGUGAAAUAUGAGUUACCUUUGGUGAUCAAGGCUUUAAUGAACAUUGAAGAUACAAAUGGAUUGUGGUAUCUGAAUGGUGACUACCUGGUCCUGUUGGUAUCCUUGGUGCUUAUCCUCCCGUUGUCGCUGCUGAGAAAUCUAGGGUACUUGGGGUAUACCAGUGGCCUUUCCUUGCUGUGUAUGAUGUUCUUUCUGAUUGUGGUGAUUUGCAAGAAGUUUCAGAUUCCUUGCCCUGUAGAAGCUUUGAUGAUCAAUGAAACUGUGAACGCCACAUCAGCGCUGGCCCUCCUGGCGUCUAACGUGACGUCCAACGCCACCGCCUCCGACUGUUGCACGCCGCGUUACUUUAUCUUCAACUCACAGACCGUGUAUGCCGUGCCAAUCCUGACCUUCUCCUUUGUCUGCCAUCCUGCUGUUCUUCCCAUCUAUGAAGAGCUGAAAGGGCGCAGCCGCAGGAGGAUGAUGAACGUGUCCAAGAUUUCUUUCUUCGCCAUGUUUCUGAUGUACCUGCUUGCUGCUCUCUUUGGAUACCUGACAUUUUACGGACAAGUCGAGUCGGAACUGCUGCACACCUACUCCUCAAUCGUGGGGACUGACAUUCUCCUCCUGAUUGUCCGUUUGGCUGUGUUGAUGGCUGUCACCCUCACGGUGCCGGUGGUUAUUUUCCCGAUCCGGAGUUCCAUCACUCACUUACUGUGUGCUGCAAAGGAGUUCAGUUGGUGGCGUCACAGUGUCAUCACUGUGGCUAUCUUGUCCUUUACCAACUUGCUUGUCAUCUUUGUCCCCACCAUUAGGGACAUCUUUGGUUUCAUUGGUGCGUCGGCAGCUGCCAUGCUGAUUUUUAUUCUUCCAUCUGCCUUCUACAUCAAGUUAGUGAAGAAAGAACCUAUGAGAUCUGUGCAAAAGAUUGGGGCCCUGUUGUUCUUCAUCAGUGGCAUAGUGGUGAUGACCGGAAGUAUGGCCUUGAUUGUUCUGGAUUGGGUACACAAUGCCUCUACAGGUGGCCACUAAUGGCACCACUCAAACUCAACAGUCCAUCUGCCACCAGUGUUGAGUCAACACUCAACUUGCUCAGAAAUUUCACCUGAUGCUUUCGGUUCACUUCCUUUUGAAGUGCAGAUUCCUCGCUGGUUCUUCUGGAUGCAGAAUAAGUGGAACUUUUUUUAUUUUGUUUUGAUUUCGGUUUUUUAUUUUUUUAAGAAACUUAUCUGUGUGUUAAGGAAUGGAUAUUAACAGCAAAACCACGAGUCUUGGGUUAAGGGAAGUGACUAUUUAUUCCAUUCCAGAGAAUGGACGAACUUUUAACUUUUUAUCAAGCCACAUGCUUGGCUGUGUCAUUGUUUAACUUGGAUAUUUUAUGAUUUUACUUGAAUGUGCCUAAUGGAACCAUUCGAUGUGAAAAACACUUAAUUUACAGCAAAGUAUUGAAAUAAGCAUUGAGAAAAACACUUAUUUUUUGUACCAAAAAAUACUUUAAAAGACCUCAGAAGCACUAUUUUACUUUGAAGAAGUUGCAUUUUUUGAACUUUAUCCAGAACCAGUUGUCAAUAAACUCCGUAACACAAUUUCAUUGAUAUUUAAAAACGAAUAUUAUUAGUAUUAUGAAAUUAUUUGCCUUUUUUGUAGGCAUUAUAAGCCAAAUACUUUUUUACCCAAAAUCAAUUUCGGGGAAAAUGUUAAGAAAAAUUGUAUCAUGAAUUAGCAUAGUUUGUUUUGUUUGUUCAAAUUUCACUUUAAUUGGUAGCUGCUGCACCAGAUCCGGUGAACACUGUUCAUCAGUUUCUUUGCUUCCAGAUAAUUGGCUCAUUAAAUCUAAAAUGUUUAUGUCUUCAGCCGAGUAGGCUGAAAAACAGUGCAGAUAUUUCUGUUGGAAAUGAAAUAACUGAUUUUGAGGUACCAAACAGUUUGUGCAAUUGGGUAAGACAGGGUUUAUUCAGUUACUUCUGUCUCCAGAGUUGUAUUGUCAGCUCUCUGAGUCGAGCUUUUGGGCCUGCCCUUUAAAACAUUGUUUCCAGAGGUGAAAAUGGCGCCUGAUGGCAGUAGGCCAGAACUCUCCAGCAGGAAGUACAGCUUGCAAAUGCUCAUCUGCUGGAAGCACAAUUUACUUGACAACACGUGGCUCAUGUGUUCCUGCUGCCUCUGCAGUAGAGGUCUGACCCCCAGGCUGCACCGAGGCCUGUGCGCCGCGAGUUCAGAAAGACCACUGGAUUUCCCGAGCAGUGAGCUUUUUCCAAACUCGCACUGGGUUGUCAUCUCGUUCUUGUAACAAUGCAGAAUUAUUUGUUUACAUCGAACAAAUGAUUAGCUAGGGGAAACAGUACAGCCUGGUUGUACUUAGUUCCUGGUCCAGCUGCAUGCUUCCCUUCCAUUUCAAUUCCAGUUCAAAGUGAAAACAUUGCUUUGAAGCUUGGCUUUAAGAGAACAUUUAUUGUAUGUUAACGGUGUAUGUUGAAUAUAUUAAAUAAUGUGGUACUUUGCUCAUCAGGCAUAAUGUCUAAGAUCUGAUAGACAUAAUUCCAUUAAGUGGUUGAGGGAAGCAAGUGGAAUCAUCAGUUGGCCAUCUGGUUCUUGAGGUUAUCUCUUGAACGAAAUAUUUUUAGUUUGAGGCAAGGGCCAGAAAUGUGGCACACAUGGUUCUUGUUACACAGCCUUAUAUAUGUGGCUAAAUUCAUAGGCAAGAUUUGUCUGCUAAAGACCCUCGCAGACUGGAAGAUACCUGAUAGUGCUGCGUUUAAGACCAAUGGUCCAUUGUGUCCGAAGAUGAAAUCCGGGGACCAUCCAGAAGCAGAGGCAGUGAGAAAACACUACCAUGCUGCUUUCAUGGCAUCCAAAUCCAGAACCUCACCUGGAGUUUCACGAAUUUGCAAUUCUGCUUGAAGUCCUGGAAAGAGUUGCUGAUAAGACCUGCCUGGGAUGUUGAGAAAACAAGCAUCCAAGAGAAGGUGUCAUGGCAACCAAAAAGACAUGGAGGAGAAAAUCCUGUUCACGGUCAAUCAGCUUGAACUUUCCAAAUCUUUUUGUGAAUUAAGGUUCAAAAUGAAUUUUUAGGCCGAAUUCCAACACUUGAGGCUAUGUUAUCUAUCUGCCUCGAGGUUCCGAAACUGAAUCCCCAUUCAUGAGCAGUCUUCAGUAUUAAAACCACUGUCCUGUCACCUCAUGUUGCAUUGUCUUCCAUGGACAUUUCAGUUAUGACUGUACUGUUAUUUAUAGAGCAGCAUUAAUCCAUUAAAGCUAACCUAUUUUUCAAUAUUUAUGAUAAACUGUAAAUACAAUGUCCAUAUGUAUUUGUAAAUAGAUUGUAUAUACUGUUGGACCUGGGUUUUGUGUUCAAAUGUAUAUACCCCUGAGUUUCUGAACUGCAUUUUGAUGAACUUACAUUAUAUAUAAGUCCCCAAAGUACUUGUACAGAGAAUUCCAUAUCAGAAAUUGACAUUGUAUAUAAAUACGGAAAUUGAAAAUACUUGUUUAAAUUGUAUUUGCAAUAAACCGGACUUCAAUUUGAGUUCAAAUCUUACAUUUUAAAUGAGGUCUAAAUUUCCAAAAUGCAGUCGCUAUCUGGUAACAUGUCACGUGGUCACAAUGGAAACCACGAGAGCCUCUGUUGUGUACAUAGUGUAAAUGUCCCCACUGUACUGUAGAGGCCAACAUGCCCCGGCUUGUUGGCAAGGAGUGCUACACCGGUUUCAAUGAAACAAUGUAUGUUUUGUUUUAACUAAACUAAAAUAAAUACAUGCUUAAUCCUAA